AAGCUUUGUAUUUUUUUUGAACACCGUGGAUGAUGGUUAUGGCCUCUGUGAGCGCUCUCGCACCAGACCCUCCCCGUUCGGCGGAAGAAAGUGAUUCCUUGGAGAGAAGUACCAAGAGAAUCAAGGACGAUCCUCCCCCCACCCUAAUAUCGACUGUUGAAGCCCCUAACCAGGAGGUCGCUCCGUUAAGCCAAAAAUCUUUUAAGGAUUCAUUGAUUGAUGGGAACUCUACAGUUAUUCCUUCCAUCGUAACCCUUGAAGAACUCAUGGUUGCAGACAGUAACGUUCAGAAUCCGAUGCAAACAACGGUUGAUCUUGGCUUGGGUAUUCUUAAGAAACCUAUCCCUAAAGCAUUCAUUCCGAAAGAGAUCUGGCAAAAGCUUUGUGUUCCAUGGCGGAAUUCCUUAAUAAUUAAACUCUUGGGGAAACGAAUCCAUUACCAUUUGUUAUGUUCUCGGCUUUCACGUGUAUGGCAAACGGAAGGAGGAUUUGAAGUCAUUGAUAUUGGUAAUGGUUAUUAUGUUGCUAAAUUUUCCUCUCCGGAGACUUGUUCUAGGAUCCUCACUGGAGGCCCUUACAAAAUAUUUGAUCAUUAUGUGGCGGUUCAACCAUGGGAACCUAAUUUCCAACCAUCUUGGGCACAGCUACCUAAGACUGCAAUCUGGGUUGAUCGUACGACUCUCCUUGCUACUAGAGGUGAAUUUGCAUGUGUUUGUGUGGAAGUGGAUUUAAAUGAGUCGUUGCCAUCAAUGAUUGACUUAGAUUUGGAGGAACUUCCUCAGUCGUUAAUUCUUGUCAAGUAUGAAGGACUCCAUAAGAUAUGCUUCGAGUGUGGUGAGUUUGGCCAUAAAAAGGAAGCUUGUCAUUAUAGACAGUUGCAAUCGUUGUUGCCAUCGUCGUCUCAGGCUGGUGAAGGUGUUUCCACCCGUGCAAACCUUUCUGCGAAUUCUUCAAUUGGGCAAGAGAAGAUCCCGGAGUUGGUAGCUGAUUGCAUGGAAUACGGCUCUUGGAUGGUGGUUAAGCGUAAACCACGGAAGAUGGUUAAGAAGCAAUCUCAUAUUGAUUCCGUUCCCUCAUCCACUAAGGGAUUGGAUAAUGCCAAAGGCGACAAUGCUUCUACGUCUAACCAGCAAUCAAAGCCGAUUAUUCAGGAGAAAAGUGCGAAUAUAGGUAACAAAUUUGGAGUUAUUGCCAUUGAGGAGGAUGUUUCGACUGAGAUCCCUGUUUCGAAGGAACCUACUUCUGGACAAUCACCCACUCAAAAGGAAGGUGUACCAGGUCCUAUAAACAUGGAAUCAUCUCCUUGUUUGUUGGUGGAAAGGCACGAUGUUGCUACUAAGCCCAUUACUGAUAGGACUGAAAGCUCUAAGCUCCAAACCAAAUCAAGACACAAGAAGGACAAGGCCAAGAAAUUUUUGGCCCGAUUGCUAAAGUGUCCAAAUUGCCUGGGGCUAGCAUCUAUCUCCCCUGCAUCUCAUUCCCACUCUUCGUUGCCUCCUCGUAUUGUAACUGCUCUGCAACCUGAAUUAAUCAAUGGUAAUAUGCCUCCACCUAAUUUGGACUUGGCCUCUCCCCUCAUGCGUGUGAGUGAUUCAUCGACGCUUGACCCGGGAAAUAUGGCUCUUUUGAACUCAGGCAACCAGAUUCGCAUGGGUGAGAUCUCUAGUGCCACUCGUAAAAAUGUUCUAGUUGGUGCUGACUCAACAGGUUUUAUGCCUAUUUCUAUUCCUCAUAAUCCCUUUCCUCAUGAAGGUUCCAGCUUCGGGUUUUGCAGGUGGCUUAUGGUUGUGCUGGAAAAGCUCAAUGCAACUUUCUGUACUGUUUUCUACUACUCAGGCAAUACACUGUUCAGUUUCGACUGGAAGAGAGGGCAUUCUGGAGCAUGGGUCCUCAUGGGGGACUUUAAUGAUGUAGCCUCUUUUGAUGAAAUCUUUCCUCGGUCCACAAACAUCUUUAAUCGAAUCCAACGCUUUAGAAGUCGUAUGGAUUGUUGUGGUCUGAUGGAUAUGGCGACCUUGGGGUGUAAGUAUACUUGGUGCAGGAUUAGAGAUGGACGAAUAGUCUUACGUGAGAGAUUAGAUCGUGUCCUUCUUAAUUCUGAUGCACAGGUUUUGUUGCAUGGUGCUAAGGCUUUUACUUUGCCAAGGACAUGUAGUGAUCAUCACCCAAUCCUUCUUUCCUUGGAUACAGCAGCAUCUCAUCCCCCUCCUAAUAAGCCAGUUCGCUUUGAGGCUGCAUGGUUGUCCAGAGAUUAUUUCAGUUCAGUCUUCACUCAUGCUUGGUCUAAGCAUUCUAACCAAUUGUCUGCAGCUAUCAAUACCACAGGCAAGGCUUGUAUUUCAUGGGGGCGAUCUAUUUUUGGGAACAUCUUUAGGAAGAAAAGGCUUUUGAAAGCACGAAUUGCUGGAAUCCAAAAUUCCCCACGUUAUUAUUCUUCCUCUUUGCUGCAGGGGUUGGAAAAGACUCUACUAAAGGACUACCAGAAAGUUUUGUAUAAGGAAGAGCUACUAUGGUUCCAAAAAUCUAGAGUGGAUUGGAUUGCGUCGCGUGAUCGAAAUACUUCAUUCUAUCAUAUGUCCACUGUGGUUAGACGCAACAAGAAUAAAAUUGGAGCUUUGAAAAUUAGAGAGGAGUGGAAUAUGGAUCUGGAGACACUGAAGUUGCAUGUGAGGAGUUUGUUUCAAGAGCUCUUCACACAACAAGAAACCUCUCCACUUUUAGAAAAUCUUUCUACUCUCCAGCCUCUUAUUUCCAACGAUGAUCAUGAAUCCCUUAUCCAGCCGGCAACCUUGGAGGAGGUUAAACGGGCUUUGUUCUCAAUGAAGGGACUAAAAAGCCCUGGGCCAGAUGGUAUUCCUGCUUUAUUUUACCAAAGACAUUGGGAUACAGUUGCUGGAACCUUUCUUGAGUUUGUAAACCAGGCACUUCUAACAGGGGUCUUUGAUCCAAGCCUAAUUAAAGCAUAUGUGGCUUUAAUCCCCAAAGAUGAUUGCCCAGACACUAUUCAGAAGUUUAGGCCAAUUAGCCUAUUAAAUGUGGCUUACAAGGUUCUGUUGGACUUUAAUCUUCCUCAACAGCUUAUUAAUCUCAUUAUGUUCUCUGUAACUUCUGUCCAGUUGGAAAUUUUGUGGAAUGGAGAACCAUUACCUCCUUUUACGCCUCAACAAGGACUAAGGCAAGGUGACCCUUUGUCUCCAUAUCUUUUUAUACUAGUUAUGGAGAAAUUAGCUCAGAUGAUUCAAAGCAGGGUGGACUCUAAAGCAUGGAAGCCCUUCAAAUUGUCUCGAGGGGGGGUGUCUCUCUCACAUUUAUUUUUUGCCGAUGAUUUAAUGCUCUUUGCCCAGGCUUCUAGGGAGCAAAUGGAUGUCAUUCUGGAUUGUUUAACCCAGUUUGCUAGAAGCUCGGGACUGGUUUUAAAUUUGCAAAAGUCCAAAUUGUUCUUGUCAUCUAAUGUUCACGCUACGGUGGCCAAUUUGUUGAGCACUAGGAGUGGAAUUUCACUAACCUCUAAUCUGGGCACUUAUCUUGGGAUACCAAUCUCACAUGGGCGUCACUCUCAUCGAAAUUAUAAGUACAUCCUAGAGAAGAUGCAGACAAAACUCUCUAACUGGAAAGGUGCUCAUUUGAGUCUCGCUGGAAGGAGGGUGUUAAUUCAAUCGGUAACCACUUCAAUUCCAUCUUAUACAAUGCAAGCUAUUUUGCUGCCGAAAGCUACUUGUGAUGCAAUUGAUCGGUUGAAUAGGAACUUUUUAUGGGGCUCAGAUUCCGGCGCCUGUAAGCCACACUUAGUUAGUUGGGAUAUCGUCUGUUUGGAGAAAAGAUAUGGUGGCUUAGGACUCAGGGCUGCAUGGGAUUCUAAUCAAGCAUUUGUGGCAAAAUUGGGUUGGCGUUUACUGCAUGGAGAUAAUGCAUUGUGGUGCCGUGUCUUGAGAGCCAAGUACUUACGGGAUUCCAAUCUUUUGGAAGCUAGACUUAAACCGAAAUCCUCCUUUAUAUGGCGUGGAAUUCUACAAUGUUGCCCAGUCUUGAAAAAAGGACUUCGCUGGCGGAUUGGUUCUGGUGAGAGGGUGAGAUUUUGGCAUGAUAAUUGGGUUGGCCAUGCUCCUCUCGCUAUGGAGGGGGAUCCUUUGCCUACAUCUCCUUCUCUUAUGGUUGCUGAUGUUAUCAAUCAAGAAGGUGAAUGGGAUCUAGAUUACUUGAAUAGUUUAAUUCCGGCAGAUGUAAUUGAGGUUAUUAGAGCCAUUCCUUUGUCUCGGCAUGUUCAGUUGCAGGAUAAUACGUUUUGGUCUGAUUCAAUGGAUGGCUCCUUCUCUGUAAAGUCAGCUUAUCAUCUAAUUCAAAGGGACAGAAAUCUAAUUAAUGCCUUGGUUGAUUCAUGGACUUGGAUUUGGAAGUUGCAGUGUGCAGAACGGAUCAUGAUGUUUGUUUGGUUCUUGGUGAGAGGAAGAGUUCUUACUAACUCUGUACGCUUUGCACGCCACAUGACUUCUUCUCCUGUUUGCCCUAGGUGUGAUUCCUUUAUUAAAACUCCUGUCCAUUUAUUACGGGAUUGUUACUAUGCUAAACUCGUUUGGGGUCUACUGGGAUUUGCCACAACUGAAUUUUUCACCUUGGAGCUAUUCUCUUGGCUUAGAAAGUUUUCAGCUUCUGUGCGCCUGUCCAUGCAAGCUGGGAUUUCUAGGGGAGUUUUGUUCUUAUCUGCAAUUUGGUUCCUUUGGAAAGAUAGGAACUCUCUUAUUUUUGAGAAUCAUAGAUCCAGACCACAGGAUUUAUGUGCUUUGAUCUUUCAGCAGGCUAAGUUUACUAUGAUUGCUUUGAAUUCUAUCUUGUUGACCACACCUCGGCAACCAAGAUGGGUAAGCUGGAUGCCACCGGUUGAGGGUUGGUUUAAGUUGAAUUCUGAUGGGUCUUAUAAUCUGUCUAAAAACUCUGCUAGUGCUGGAGGUUUGAUUAGAGAUAGUUCUAGAGGUUGGGUUGUUGGAUUUACAAUCAAUGUGGGUUGUGCUUCUAUUUUUAUAGCAGAACUUUGGGGCCUUAGGGAAGGGCUUCGAAGAUGUAAAUCACUUGGUUUGCCUUGAGUUAUUGCUGAAAUAGAUUCACUCAUGGCAG